AUGUCUUACGAAAGCGUCGUUCUUAUAAAGCAGGAAGUCUUUGUCUAUAAAAUACCACCACGUUCCACAAAUCGAGGCUAUAGAGCUGCAGACUGGAACCUUAAUGAACCAACAUGGAACGGACGGAUGCGAAUGGUAACAUCCGGAAAUGCAUUAAAUAUUAAAUUGGAAGAUAAAGUAAAUGGACAGCUAUUUGCGAAUUGUCCUGUUGAGGCGUAUCCAGGUGUAGCUAUAGAACCCGUUUCAGACUCGUCACGAUAUUUUGUAUUAAGAAUUCAAGACGAUAAUGGACGAUCAGCAUUUAUAGGAAUCGGUUUUGGUGAUCGAUCAGACUCAUUUGACUUUAAUGUUGCACUACAAGACCACUUUAAGUAUGUAAAAAAUCAAGAGCAAAUUGAAAAGGAGAAAGUUGAACCAAAACCACAACUUGAUCUCAGCUUUAAAGAGGGUGAAACGAUUAAGAUUAACAUGAAAAUUACUAAAAAAGACGGCAGUGAGGUCUCAUCACGAACUGCCAAAAAAGGUGCUGGAUUGGGAAUUUUGCCUCCACCUCCAAAAACCGAAAAGAGUCCAACGGCUCCAAAUAGUGACUACGGGGAUUUCGUGCAGGCAGCUGCAACGUCAUCAAGUAAUCCACAGCAGCAACAACAGAGCAACUCAAGCUGGGUUCAAUUUUAA